AUGACAAUCGCAGCUUAUGCACCUGAACAUAUCACCAGAACCUAUACGAUCAGUGUAAAAGCUCAGCCACCAUGCAAUGGAGAAUUCAAGGCGAUCGUUCGUCGUACGAAAGAUGGCUUCGAAAUGGCUUCCAAGACUAUCGAACGGCUAGAUCGAUUUAAGAAAAAUGGAGAUUGUGUCGACGACUCAUUGAAACACCUCUGUCACUGCAAACCUGUGCCUAAGCCAUCGAAAACUACGGGCAAAGCAUAA